AUGAAGAACGGAAACCAUUCAGCAGUAAAUGAGUUUAUUCUCCUUGGAUUUUCUAACCUCCUCAGUCUGCAACUCUUCUUAUUCUCUAUGUUUUUAUUGACCUACUUGGUCACCUUGGCUGGAAACCUUAUCAUCAUUUUCCUCACCCUGAUGGAUGCUGCUCUGCAGACCCCCAUGUAUUUCUUCCUCAGGAAUCUCUCCUUCCUGGAGAUCUGCUAUACUUCAGUGAACAUCCCUAAAUUGCUAGCCAACCUCCUCUGGAAUCACAGAACUAUCUCUUUCCUUGGGUGUGCUACACAAACUUACUUUUCUUUUUUUCUUGGAGGGUCAGAGUGUUUUCUCCUGGCCUCGAUGGCCUAUGAUCGCUAUGUUGCUAUCUGCAAGCCCCUGCAUUAUCCAGUCCUUAUGAACAGGAAGGUGUGUAUGGGGCUGGCUGCAGGAUCCUGGCUCAGUGGGGUAUUUAUGUCCUUUGGUCUCACAAGUAUGGUCUUCACUUUACCAUUCUGUGGAUCCAACAAGAUUAACCAUUUCUUCUGUGACAUCCCUCCACUGCUGAAGCUGGCCUGUGGGGAUACUUCCAUCAUUGAAACUGCUGUUUUCAUGGUGGCUACGGUUUUUGUGACCAUCCCUUUCAUGCUAAUCCUCAUGUCUUACAUCCGCAUCAUCUCCACCAUAAUGAGAAUGCCUGAAGGGGAGGGCAGGAGGAAAGCUUUUUCCACAUGCUCUUCACACCUCAUAGUAGUGACACUGUUCUUUGGCUCUGCCUGUGUGACAUACCUGAAACCCAAUUCAUCUUACUCAAUAGACACGGACAAGUUUCUCUCACUGUUUUACACAUUUUUCACACCCAUGCUGAAUCCCAUCAUAUAUAGUCUGAGGAACAAGGAGGUAAAGGAUGCCUUCUGGAGAACAAUGAGAAAAACAUGGUUUUGUUGA